CUGUCACUUCAUUCUGCUUCAGUCCCGAAGAGAAGAUGUCAGGUCGCGGUAAAGGAGGAAAAGGUCUCGGUAAAGGCGGCGCCAAGCGCCACCGGAAGGUUCUCCGUGAUAACAUCCAGGGAAUCACCAAACCCGCCAUCCGCCGUCUGGCUCGCCGCGGCGGAGUGAAGCGUAUCUCCGGGCUGAUCUACGAGGAGACCCGCGGGGUGCUCAAGGUUUUCCUGGAGAACGUCAUCCGUGACGCCGUCACCUACACCGAGCACGCUAAGAGGAAGACGGUGACCGCCAUGGACGUGGUGUACGCGCUGAAGAGACAGGGCCGCACUCUCAGAGCUCCGCCGCUCGCUUCCCUAUGUUCAUUCUGUUCUGAAACGAUGGCGAGAACCAAGCAGACCGCCCGGAAGUCCACCGGAGGGAAAGCUCCCAGGAAGCAGCUGGCCACCAAGGCCGCCCGGAAGAGCGCCCCGGCCACCGGCGGCGUGAAGAAGCCUCACCGCUACAGGCCCGGGACCGUGGCUCUCAGAGAGAUCCGCCGCUACCAGAAGUCCACCGAGCUGCUGAUCCGCAAGCUGCCCUUCCAGCGCCUGGUCCGGGAGAUCGCUCAGGACUUCAAGACCGACCUGCGCUUCCAGAGCUCCGCCGUCAUGGCGCUGCAGGAGGCCAGCGAGGCCUACCUGGUCGGCCUGUUCGAGGACACCAACCUGUGCGCCAUCCACAAGAUGUCAGGUCGCGGUAAAGGAGGAAAAGGUCUCGGUAAAGGCGGCGCCAAGCGCCACCGGAAGGUUCUCCGUGAUAACAUCCAGGGAAUCACCAAACCCGCCAUCCGCCGUCUGGCUCGCCGCGGCGGAGUGAAGCGUAUCUCCGGGCUGAUCUACGAGGAGACCCGCGGGGUGCUCAAGGUUUUCCUGGAGAACGUCAUCCGUGACGCCGUCACCUACACCGAGCACGCUAAGAGGAAGACGGUGACCGCCAUGGACGUGGUGUACGCGCUGAAGAGACAGGGCCGCACUCUGUACGGCUUCGGAGGCUAAACCUCACCCGGAUGUGACCACGACGACCCAACGGCUCUUUUAAGAGCCACACA